AUGUACGAUUUAGAUGGGGAUGGGAAGAUCACCAGGCUGGAGAUGUUGGAGAUAAUUGAGGCGAUCUAUAAGAUGGUUGGUACUGUGAUUAUGAUGCGCAUGAAUCAAGAUGGCCUGACCCCACAACAGAGAGUUGACAAAAUCUUCAAAAAGAUGGACAAGGACAGAGAUGACCAAAUAACCUUGGAAGAGUUUAAAGAGGCAGCAAAGAGUGACCCCUCCAUAGUGCUUCUGCUGCAGUGUGACAUGCAGAAAUAA